AUGGUCGCCCUAUCUCUUGGUCUGUUGAUCACAUCCCUUGUGGUGUCUGCCACUGCAGCACCCGCACCCGAGAUUACUGCUGCACCCAAACCCGAGGUCGUCAAACGUGCUACCAGUUGUACCUUUUCCGGCUCUGCUGGCGCUGCAUCUGCCAGCAAGUCUCAGACGGCAUGCUCUACGAUCGUUCUUUCCAGCAUCGCUGUGCCUUCCGGCACCACACUGGACCUUUCUGACCUUGCGGACGGUACGACAGUCAUUUUCCAAGGCACCACUACCUGGGGCUACUCAGAAUGGGCCGGCCCCUUGCUCUCAAUCGGCGGCAACAAGAUCACGGUUUCAGGUGCUUCUGGAGCUGUACUCAACGCUGAUGGAGCGCGUUGGUGGGACGGAGAAGGCAGCAAUGGCGGCAAGACCAAGCCGAAGUUCUUCGCUGCGCACUCUCUUACCAGCUCGACUAUCACCAACUUGAGCAUUAAGAAUACCCCUGUUCAGGCUGUCAGUAUCGCUAGCUGCGAUGGUCUCACCAUCACGGAUAUGACGAUCGAUAGCUCGGAUGGUGACACUGAUUCCCUUGGUCACAACACUGACGGCUUCGAUAUCGGAACGAGCUCAAACGUGGUCAUUAAUGGAGCGAAAGUGUACAACCAGGAUGACUGUGUAGCCAUCAACUCAGGAACUAGCAUCACAUUCGAGAACGGAUUGUGCUCGGGAGGCCAUGGAUUGUCCAUUGGAUCGGUCGGUGGUCGCACAAGCAACACGGUAGAUACUGUGACAUUCUACAACAACCAAGUCACCAAAUCCGUCAAUGGUAUUCGCGUCAAGGCCUCAGUAGGCGAUACUGGCACCAUCAACAAAGUGACUUACAACAAGAUCACUCUGUCUUCCAUCUCCAAGUACGGUAUUCUCAUCGAGCAGAACUACGACGGAGGUGACCUGAAGGGAACCGCGGGAACUGGUAUCCCCAUCACUGCCUUGACGAUCGAGAACAUCUCCGGAUCUGGUGCCGUAGCAAGCACUGGUUACGAUGUUGUUGUCACCUGUGGUAGCAGCACCUCGUGCACUGGCUGGACCUGGAGCAGUGUAGUUGUUACCGGCGGAAAGACUUAUGGCAGCUGCACCAACGUUCCGAGUGUUACCAAGUGCUCUUAG